AUGUUUAGUGGUAUUAUGGAUUAUCUGAGAAUGAGAGUUUUUAAUCAAAAUUCAAACGACAAUAUAAGCAAAAAGGAUGACGAUUACUUUGAAAAUCAUCACUUGAAUGUCAUCAGAACUUUGAAGCAAUCCAAAUUUAUUAAUUGCUAUGACGCUGAAGAUGCUGCCAUCCAAAGAAUUUCAAAUCAAAUUGCAACUAUGUUUAUCGAGUCAAUUAACAUGUACCCUGAUUCUGAUUACAUGAAUGAAGAAAUCGAUAUGCUAAAAUCUCUCUAUUUGAUAAAAAGCAAAAAGUUUAGAGAGUCAUUUAGCAUUGAGAUAGGACAAGAAGAACAUGGAUUAAAAAUUUAUAAAGGAGAGACAAAAAAAGCCUUUCAAAGAAUUCAUGAGUUAAUUUGAGAUAUUAGAGAAGUUGAGAGACUCUUUGAAAUAAUAGCUAGAAGAGAAUAG